AGCCCAGCCCAUAAGGUACAGCACCAGCAAGCACCUGACACCGGCACGCAGCCAGCCAGCCAGCUAGCGGGCAUGCUCACGCACUGCACCUCACCUUCACCCCUCCCAGGGGCGCCCAACCAACCUUCCAGCUCCGCUUCCUUGCACUCAGCGAAGCUGUGGUACCGCGACAGACGGACGGACGGACGGACGGACGACGACGAGACGACGACGACCACCACAACCACUCCGUCCGCCAGGUCAACUUAUACAUCAUCACCACCACCAACUCGCGCUGCCUCGCCGGGGCACCUGAACUGGCUCGAGGCGCACACACACACACACACACACACACACACACACACGCACCAGGCACACCACACGCCCACCCACACAUCUCGCAAGGCGGCCCCAACCCGCCGAGCGGGCCACCUAACCAGCCGCGCGCGCCCGAAGAACCACUCGUGCAACACCACGCCUGCAAACUCACCCGGUGCGUGAGAGCACGACACAGGGACAAGAAGAGCGAGCGAAAUAGUGAGAGAGCACGAGCUGCUGUGGCCCUCCCUCCCGCAACUCCGCCCGCGUCGAACCCGGCGCCGCCUCUCAUCCCGUCUCUCGGCAAAGCAUCCCUCCCCUCCUUCUCCGCCUUGCUGAACUCUCGCCGCGCUCUUGCGUCGUCGCCGCCUCGCUCGAUCGCCUGCCCGCCCGCUGCCGUCCCGGCCUCGCCGCCGACGCUCCCGCCAGACUGCAACCGCCCGCCCGCCGACUGAGGAUGGGCGCUGCGGACGGGCCCAAACUGCCGCUGCCGCUGCCGCCCGCCGCCGUUGUUAUCCUCGACCCCAUGUCAUUGUCACCGAGCCGACCGCUCCCAGACCACCGUCCUUUCUGAGAAGCGCCGCACCGCAAGUCCCGCGUCCCCUUCCUCCGGAGCCGCGCGCUCCCCCCCGUCGCCAUCAUGGACGAUGCCGUUCUGAUGCCCGACGAUGUUCUCGAUCCACCGCCUCCGCCGCCGCCGCCUCCGCGGUUGUUUGAGCGCUUGCGCCAGAUCGCCGGCUAUACCUGGGACGAGUCGAAACCGCCUUUUCAUUCGACCUAUGACUUCUGGCACGUCUUUGGCACGCGACAUGUCUCCGCGACCCCGCCCCUGUCGAGUCUCCAGCAUAACGAGUCGAAUCCCGGGUCGGUGAGCAAGAUGCCCACGGGGCGUCCAUCGCAGUCCGACCAUGGCCAGCCCGUCCCCUCCGAGAGGAGUCAAAGCACAGAAACGCCUAGGACACCGCAACUUCACCCGCCGCCGACACCAACUCUCUCCGUCCCGUCCAACGAAGCGUCCCAGAUCGAGGAACCCGUCGUCGCGCGAAUCUCGUUCCAUGCCUUGCGGGAGGAACGGGCUUUCCAAAUAGCCAGGAGCGUCACCGCAACGGCAGAUCCCCACGGCGACCAUAUCGUCAAACCCCUUGACCUCAUUCGACUUAAUCCCUCUGCAGGCGACCGUGGAGUUAUCAUUGUUGCCAUAUACGCACAUCCCGGCCGAAACUAUCUAUUCCGUGUCCUUGACGCGGGCCCAGCUUCGUACAUCGCAGAGAAGCAGGGCGAUGCAUAUGUCUCGAGCCCAGCGAAGAUGCCGCGUAGCCUUGAGCCGCCCAUGGACCUGGAUCACUUCCUCGACUUCGCCAUUGGCGCCACGCAGUGCUUGGAGAUUCUACACCACGGCCAGGGCAUGAUUCACGGUGAGAUUCGAGGUGAUGCCUUCCACUUCAACCUUGAAGAGAACAAGGUUCGCAUCGUGUCCUUCGGCUCAGGGAUCAGGUCGUUCGAGCACGGCUUGACUAGCACCGGCUGGUCGAGCUUGUCUAAGGAACUUGGCGCGAAGAACAAGCUGCUUUACAUAAGUCCCGAGCAGACCGGCCGCAUGCCUGCCGAGCCGGACACGCGAACCGAUAUUUACUCAUUAGGCGUCUUGCUAUGGACCCUCCUAACGCAAAAGCCAGUCUUCACGGGCGAUUCACCGCUUGAUAUUGUUCAAGGCGUGCUGGGCCGCAGGAUACCAAACGUCGCCUCGGUGCGCAUGGACAUACCUGAUGUCAUCGGCCGCAUCAUUCAAAAGUGCACGGCCAAGAACAUUGCUGAUCGCUACCACUCGGCAAGCGGGCUCAGGCACGACCUGGUCAUGGUCCAGGAUCUCCUCGGUGACGGAGACUUGUCCGCCCUCAAAGACAUGAAGAUUGGGACCAAGGACGUCUCUUCAUUCUUCAUGCUACCCGGCGCCAUGAUUGGGCGUGUCGACGAGAAAAAUGAGCUGCUCAAGGUGAUAGACCGGGUCGCCCGAUCACAUGCCAUGAGCAGCAAAGGCACCAGCCGCUUCUCCGAUGGAUCGAGCCUCACCAACGAAGUCAUUGUCGGCGACGACAUGUCCAGCGAAGGCGCCAGCUCUGUUGAUGGUACAAACCGCCGAAGCGGCUCCUUCACCCAGACGACCUCAUCAGACCCCAAGCACACGAGAAGCAGCUUCCAGCCUUCACUCCUCUCCGAUACCCAUACCCUCUCCAACGAGACAGUCUCUUCCUCCCAAUCCGGCAACCAUGGUCGCCCGGCGCGGCCGUGGGAGCGUCACCAAUCAAUGUCAAUAGAUGCCAGCAGCGCCAUCGACAGCCUGGGGUUGGAAGCCGGCCGUUCCGGCGUCACCGAUUCAUCGGCAUCCAGCCUGUCUCGACAGCUAGGCAACGCCAAAUUUCGGAGGCGGGGACACUGCGAAGUCGUGACCAUACAAGGCGCUGGAGGUCUCGGCAAGAGCUUCCUGGUACAAAGCGUGCUUCCGGAGGCACGACGGCGUGGAUACUGCGCGACAGCAAAGUUCGACACGUCUAGACGGACGGCAUUUGGGCCCCUGCUUAAGUUACUGUCGUCACUGUUCAAACAGGUCUGGGGCGAGCGGAACACGGAGACGCCGUUUCACCAAGGCCUAAAGCAGUACGUGCGUCCGGUUUGGCCGAUGCUUCAUCGGGCCCUUGGUCUGCCAGAGUUCCUCCUCGGUCCCCCGGAGGUUGGCCCUGGUCGGUCAGUCUCCUCGAUGCAUGGCUCCAUCAGUGGCUCCAUGAGCUCUGUACCCCGAAGCAAUGGCAGAUCCGGCAUCAGGCGGCGAGGGUCGUCUCCUGGGAGCUCCCCUCGGCCAUUAUCUCACAGCUCCAGUAUCGGCACGCAGAGCUCGCAGGACUAUCUCUGCGCUGGAACUUCGACCAAGACGACGCGUCUGAUGAAUGUGUGUCUGGAUAUCCUCCGCGUCUUCACCACGCAUAAGUUCAUCUGCUUCUGCCUGGACGACAUUCACUUCGCCGACGACGAGUCCCUGGAGCUCAUCACGCAGAUUAUCGGCGCCAAGAUGAAAAUGAUAAUCAUCAUGACAUAUCGCCCCGAAGAACUGUCAGCGGAGAGGAUGGAGAGCAUCAUCUGCCCUCCGGAGCUUGAUGAAAAUCCACGUAAUAAACGGCCAGCAGUCACGAGGAUCACCCUGUCCCCGAUGACAGAGGACGACAUUCUCGAGUAUGUCUCGAGUACCUUGUCACGGCCCAAGGACGAAAUCUUGUCACUCGCCCUUGUGAUUCAAUCAAAGACGGCCGGAAACCCGUUCUACAUGCGCGAAAUGUUGAGUGCCUGCCAUCGCAAGAGAUGCAUCUGGUACGACUAUCGGGACAGCCAGUGGCACUUUGACUUGGACCGGCUGUUUGCGCAGUUCCAGGGCGAGAAAGACUAUGAUGUCCUCGACACGGGAUUCAUCACGCAACGGCUGGGCGAACUGCCGCCGGCGGCUCGGGCAGUUCUGGCGUGGGGUGCGCUGCUUGGCAACUCUUUCUCGUUCGAGUUGAUCAGCCGGCUGAUGCAGGGAGAGUUCGAGUUCGACGACGGCGGCCCGAUGGAAUGCGCCCCAGAAUAUCCCCAACGCGCAUAUACCGAAGGCGAGGCGAUCGCCGGCCUACAGGCCGCCAUUCAAGCGUACAUCCUUGUCCCCAGCGAGACGGAAGACCGGUUUCGUUUUGCGCACGACCGUUACAUCCACGCAUCUUCUGCGCUGAGAGAGUGCAACACCAGGCGGAUGCACUUCAUCAUAUCGCAGACGCUGCUCAAAUACUACGCGGUCGAAGCCCGGCAGAAAGACAGCACCGCCGCGCACAUCUGCACGGCCCUAGACCUCAUCAAGCGGCGCGUAUCGGCACGCCAGGGAUACCGCAAGCUGCUUCUGGACUGCGCGCAGGCUGCAACGGAAAACGGCGCCCGGCCGACUGCUUCCAAGUACUACAGCGCGGCCAUUUCCCUGCUGCAAGGGGCGCCGUGGGAGGACGAAGCCGACGACGUUUCGUAUGACGAGACGAUGCAGCUCCAUCUACGCGCUGCCGAGUGCUACCUGUUCAUGGGUCAACUUUCCGCCGCCAAUGACCUGCUGUCGGUAGUCUUUGCAAACGCCAAGACGGCAGUCGACAAGGCUCCGGCGUACGUCCUGCAGUCGAGGAUAUUUGCGCAGAAUGGGAACGCGCUGGCGGCGUUCAUUUCGCUCAGGGAGUGCCUCUCUGCCCUCGGCGUCCCGCUCGACGACCAGCCGACGUACGAAAAGUGCGACGAGCGUUUCAAGAAGCUCGCCAAACAGAUCAAGGCGAGCAGCCGCGAGGAGCUCCUGCAGCCAAAGAGGACGGGCGAUCCCAUCAUAGCAUCCAUCGGUGCGGUUCUAGCCGAGACGACUGCUGCCGCUUGGUGGAGCGACUGCUUGCAUUUCUACCACCUCACCAUGGUCAUGCUGGAGAUGCACCUCACGAGGGGCGCGUUCCCGCAGUCUGGCAUGGCAUUCCUGCACCUUGGCGUCGUGGCCUUGACCAGGUUCGGCGAGGCACAGUUUGCCGUUGAUCUUGGGUCAAUAUGCCAAGACCUGCUAUACCAAGCGAGAGACGCCUUUUCAAUGGCACGCGGUCAGAUGCUACAUGCCUGUUUCCUCGGCCACAUCCACUACUCCAUGCCCCUCUCCAUUUCGCAGAUGGAGGACGCCAUUGAGCUAGCGUCUGUGGGAGGAGACCGCAUGUCGACGAUUCUCAGCUACGGUCUCUGUGCCCAGGCCAAGCUGUUUGCGAGCGACAACUGUGCAGACCUUGAAGGGUUUUGUCAGUACGGCUGCGAGGACAUUCCGAACUGGUCCUACGACACGCGCGGAGGUGCCCUGCUAAUCGGCAUUCGCCAGCUGUGCCGGGCAUUGCAGGGCAAGACGUCGAUCCACGAUGCUGUUGGAGUCAUGAGCGACGAACAGCACGAUGGCAUCCUGUACAAGAACUGGCUCAUGAGCCAGACACAGGAGAGCAACAGGUCAUCGCUAUUCUACGAAAGCCUGGAGCUGGUCGCGCUUUUCCUCUUCGGCCAUUAUGAGCGGGCUAUCGCCAUUGGCAAGGCCUGCACGGAGAAGCUCGCGAUGCUCUGGUCAGCACGCAACAGCAGGCUCAUCUUGCUUUUCUACGGGCUUGCCAGAUCCGGCAACUUGAUGAGAAAUAUGCAAGAUCCUCGGUCGCUGGCGGAGGACUUCACUGCGGAGACCAAAGACACGAUUGACGAACUGCGCCGGUUCGUUGGCAUGAUGGAGGACUGGUCCGUCGUCUCGGACGUCAACUAUCGAUGCUGGUCUCGACUUCUCGAUGCGCAAAUUGCAGAAUUGUCCACCGAUCACGGGCAAGCAGUCCAACACUACGAAGAAGCCCUGGAUCACGCCACCGAGCACGACUUUGUGUUCGAGGAGGCGCUGGGCAAUUACCUCAUGGCAGGCUUCUUCGUCAGACGGAAAGCGAGGAGAUCCGCUCGAGCCGCGCUGCAGGAGGCCAUCGGCCUGUACAGGCAGAUCUCGGCCAGCGGCGUGGCCAAGACCAUUGAGGACGAGCACAGCCUCCUCCUUCACGGGCCGACGCGAAAUCACCGAUCCAACGAGGUCGGUGUUCAGACGGACUUCGUCGCGGACGCUCCGUCUGUGCGGUACCGCACCGUGGAAGGGGAAGACGGCGAAGAGCUGACACAGAUUCCGUCGAAUGUCAUGUCGGAUCUCAAGGGCGACCGCAUCGGCGCCUGGCGAGGGUCCAUGAACAACCCAACAGAAGACGGGGGUGGCCUUCCUGCACUGGACAUGAUUGACCUGCAUGCCAUCCUCGUGUCGUCGCAAGUCAUCUCGUCCGUCUUGCAGGUAGACGAGUUGCUCAAGACCAUGUGCGACGUGGUCUUGCAGACGUGUGGCAGCUCUGCCACCCGGGCAGCAAUCGUCGUUCAGGAGGCCUCUGAUGAGCACGCGUGGUACGUUGCGGCGAGCGGUGAUCCCGAACGCGGAGCAUCGGCACACAACCCAGGGCUGCCGUUGUGUGGCACGUCCUUGAUCGCGGAGAAUGUCGUCCUGUAUUGCUCCCGCUUCUUGGAGUCAGUCUUCAUCCCGGAUCUCAUCGCCGACGAGAGGUUCGGCAACGUGAGCGAGUCGUGGCUGCAGCGAAACCCCCUGGGCAAGGCCAUCAUUGCCCUGCCAAUCUGCCACGGCACGAAGCCGCUCCUCGGCGUCCUGUACCUCGAGGGGGAACCGGGCUCGUUCACCGACCGCAACGUCACCGUUCUGCAACUGCUGGUGAACCAGAUCGGCAUCAGUUACUCCAAUGCGCUGUCGAUGAAGAACGUGGAGAAGAUCUCCGCUGAGAAUCGCUCCAUGGUGUCGGUCCAGAAGCGGGCUCUUGCCAAGGCGCUCGAGGCGGAAACCAAGGCGAAGAACGCCGAGGCGGAAGCGAAACGCAACGUCAAGCUUGCCGAGGAGGCGGCCAAGGCCAAGUCAAUAUUCCUCGCUAACGUUUCCCACGAGCUGAGGACCCCCCUGAACGGCGUCAUUGGCAACUCGGAACUUCUGCGCGACAGCAAUCUGAACCGGGAGCAGCUCGAGAUGGCCGACUCCAUCCGCGUGUCGGCUGAUCUCCUUCUCACCGUCAUCAACGAUAUCCUUGACUUUUCGAAGAUGGAGGCCGACAAGAUGAAGCUCUACAUUAUCGCCUUCAACCCCGAGGAGAUGGUGCGCGAAGUGGUCCGAGCGGUGUCCUACAGCAAUCGGGAGAAGACAUCCAAGAAGAACGUCAAGAUCAUCCAGGACAUCAACCUUCCGCCGAUGCUCAUCUACGGAGACCCGAUCCGCCUUCAUCAGGUCCUUGGGAACUUGAUUGGCAACAGCCUCAAGUUCACCGAAGACGGCGCCAUCACAAUCGGUGCGCGUCUGGACUCGGAUACAAAGGAAAAGGCCACCCUGACGUUCUGGGUCCGCGACACGGGCAUCGGCAUCCCGCCGCAGCAGCUGGCCAAGCUCUUCCAGCCUUUUAGCCAAGCCGACGCGAGCACAGCGCGCAAGUAUGGCGGGAGUGGCCUGGGCCUGAGCAUCUGCAAGAGCCUUAUCGAGAUCAUGAUGCAGGGCAAGAUCCAGCUGGAGAGCGAGGAGACCGUCGGCACCACUGCCUGGUUCACCGUCACGUUCGACAAGGCCAAGUCUGAUGUCUCGGCGGGCGACGCACAGUCCAAGGGCUCGCCGCCCAUUGACCGAUAUUCGGCAGCGGUGACGCCCGCCGAGCGCGCGUCGUCCCCCAACCCCUACAUCGACUUGACGAAAAUCUCAAAGGAAGACGUGCGCAUCUGCGUCGCGGAAGACAACCCCAUCAACCAGAAGAUUGCGAUCCAGUACGUUCAGCGGCUAGGCUACACCAGCGUGAGUGCCUACGAGAACGGUCUCAAAGCCGUCGAGGGGCUCCGCCAAAAGGCCAGAGAGGGCAAACCGUACCACAUCGUUCUCAUGGACGUCCAGAUGCCCGUGCUGGACGGGUACGAGGCGACCAAGUUGCUUCGCAAGGACUCGCUCGAGGCGGUUCGGAAGGUGCUCGUCAUCGCCAUGACGGCAUCUGCCAUCCAGGGUGACCGAGAAAAAUGCCUCGCUGCCGGCAUGAAUGACUAUUUGGCCAAGCCCGUCCGGUCCGAGGUGCUCAAGAAGAAACUGGAUGCGUACGUCAAUAGUGCGUCGAGCAUUUCCUUCAGCCGCCAGCCUCCGAGCCCCUUGGAGAUGUCCAAGCCUCAGGCUAACGGAGCACGGAGCGGCAACGGGUCAAGCAUACCUAGCCGUUCGGAGGGCAAAGUUCCCGGAAUCACCAUCUCGGAUCCCAUGAAGGACGGCGCCGUGUACAACAUGCCCCUCGACUCGGAGGGGUUCAGCGCCAAGGACAGUCCGGUCUACGGCAGAACCCACCACAGCCAGGACGACGACGACGACGACCACUCCUUCUUCCCGCGCGUCGAAGAUCUCCAGAGGAGCAACUCGUCGGCCACGGGCCAGACGUCCCCGCCGCCGCCGCCGUCGUCUCACCACGAUGGAGCUGAGAAGAAACAUCUGCGCAAGCUCACCAAGAGCCGUGGCAACAGCGAGACUCGACUCGGGAAGCCCGCCGCCGUGGAACAGGUGCUGCCCCUCGCGGAAAGACCCAAGGGGGUCCUGACCAAGAAGCCGCCGAACCAACUCCAGAGCACCAUCAGCGGCGUGGAAGACGGGACGUUUGACGGGACACCCUCGCCGCCACAAUAAAAUCUCUCCGUUUCAGAGUCGGGAUGGGGAACAUCACGGCUCGCUGAGCCUACGCUGCCCGCGGCCGGGUUACGUCGGGGUCGUAUGCUCCGCCCCAGAAACGACCAAGCCUUGCUGGUUUCUACGACUUCACGAAAGCGACUUCCGAGCACGAUGCACGAUGCACGAUGCAACGGACCACACGCCGGAGGCCUGUCCACAGGUCACAGGGCACCUUGAUUGGCCUUGAACCAAGGUCCCGUGCACGCCAGAUGCGACCGACCGAGAAUGAUGGUGCCCCCUUCAUUGUCCAUCUACCCGUCCACAUGCCAUGCCACGCACGCCAUGCACACCGCGAAUCCGACACGUUGCUGCUGGUACUCGGCCCGCAUAUUUGCUUGUUUCCGCUAUAUGAUGCAUAUGUCUGACACAACAAAGACGACAUCAAAGAGACGGAAGCUAAUACCAGCGCGUCCCGCCCUGCUUUCUCCCCCGCUUUCAAGCCUUACCUCCUGUCACUUUUGGUUUCCUCUUAUGAGGAUUUACAUAUCUGUUCGUUUCACUUUCCUUUGAAAGGACGGGCUAAGGAUACGGGAAUGAAACGGCCGUGAUAAGGGUUUGCUUUCUUAUUAUUUUUUUUAUGGUUUGUGAGCGACAUCCAGAAAAACGAGAGGGAAGGAGAAAGAGAGGCACACGAGCCCCCUGGACCCAAUUAUUGGGAAGGGUUCUUCCCGGUAGCUGCAAGGCUGGUAGACGAGGCGCUGCCGGUCGACGAACCCUAUUGUCCGAUGGGGAAGUGCUACUAUUUCGCAUGUCACGGCGCUCCAAGGGGAUCGAUCCUGCAUUGAAGUCCAUGAAUGGUUGGAGGAGGACGCGAGGAGAGGGGGAACUGCGCGUAAGAGCUGCUUGCGAGGAAAGGAGAGGGGGGUUGCUGGGGUUUGUGUCAGUUGGAAACGCACGCGCGACGGCCUCGCUGCUUUGGAUGACAAACGGAGAGUACAUGUAUAGGCAGGUAGGCAGGCGAGAGUAGCAGCAUCAUGAGAGACGACGUGGCGCGCUGACGCCAUCGCCGCUUCCCAAUACAUCAUGUAGCCGGC